AAAGCACGAAGGUCCUCACAUCCAGAUCUCUUUGCCCCCGCACUCCAUUUCCUCUACGUUCUUCUUCUCAGAUUCAGAUUUCUCCCCUUGGGCCAAUUGCUCUAACUUUAGAUAUAUUAUCAUUUUUUGCAUGUACUGUAUGCAUUGUUUUGAAAUAUAAAAUUUUUAUACCAGUUCCGAGUCAAUUGUGAUCACAAUGGAAUAGUGGGUGCUUGUUAACUUAAAAUCACUGUGAUUAUAUAUUUUCUGCAUGCUCAUGCAGGAUAAUGUGAGGAACUUUGCUAGAUGUCAAUCCGACCCUGAUACAGAAGUGGUGGAAGGUAUUGAGGAAGGAAGGGAUAUUGGAAUUGUUGGUGAGGAUGUCCAAGAUUUUGGCAGUGAGAGUUUUAAUCCUGCACCUGGGGUUGAAACAGUUUGUGUAUUCCCUAAAAACUCUUUUAAGUCCGUGACAGCUGGUGAAGAGAGCGAGCUGUUAGUAGGAAUGAAAAAUGAUGGGGAAUCAAGACUGAAUAUCAUUGCAAUCCAGGCUAGCGUUCACCUUCCUGUUGAUCAUCGCUAUUUGGUUCAAAAUCUCUCUGCUCAGGCUUUUAACAAUGCAACAGUUCAUCCUUCAGCUCAGGCUACUUUUCCGUAUAUAUUUGCAGUCAGCAAAUUCUUGCAGCCAGGAAGUUAUGAUCUUGUUGGCACAAUUAUUUACGAGAUAGACCAGAACCCUUACCAAAGUACAUUCCAUAAUGGCACUAUUGAAGUUAGUGAGCCUGGUGGCCUUCUCAGUGUUGAGACUGUUUUCUUGGUCUCCCUUGGAAUUGCCCUCAUUGGCCUUUCUGUAUUCUGGAUACGUGGUCAGAUACAAAACCUCUCAAAGAAAACUAAGAGAGUACCAAAGGCAAAGGUUGAAGUUGGAACUGCUACAACUGAUGCAUCCAUGGACGAAUGGCUGCAGGGCACUGGAUAUACUCAGUCGCUCUCCAACAAGUCAAAGAAGAAGAAAUGAAUGAUUUAAAUUUUUUUUAGCUGUAUCAAGCUGUAUAAUGAGGCAGAUUCAGGAUUUAGACUGGAUAUAUCAACAGUUCUAAACAUGAAAUAGGUUUUAAACAUUAGAAUUGGUAGAUUGUUUCGCUGUUGUAGCACGAGGAAAAUUUGUAAGUGUUAUUGUUUUAGUCCCUGACUGGGGAUAGAGGUAGCAAAAGAACAAUUUUGUCAAAUAUGAUUCUAAAGUAUCCCUUUUAGCAAAUUUGUU